AUGAGUUAAUAAGUUGAAUUAACAUCUGUAUUUGGAUUAAAUUUCUUACUCAUAUUGUUCACUUUAAUUUGCUAUCAUGUGUUAUUUGUAAGGAAAGGAAUUUACUUUCCAGGACCAGAAGAUGGAUCAAUACUGCUGAUAUAAAAUUCAUUCAUAACAAUAAAGCAUAAUAUUAAACUUCUUUUAGCAUUUGAUAAGGAAUAUUAUACUAGAGUUUGUGGGUAUUUGAAAUUAUAAUUUGAUUAGGAUUGAUGGAUACUAGUAUCUCUAUUUCAUUAGAUCCCUUAUAAAAUUAUAAUUAGCAUUUUUUUUUAUUGCCAUCAUAUCAGGUAUAUUUCCAGCAAAAAAAACUAGUUUGAUAAUUAUUGAUUAAGACUUUACUCCUUCUUUCUAAUUUUGUAUGACUUUAAUAUAUUGUGGAAUGCUGAUGCUAUUUGUUUAUAAUAUGUUAGAGGAGAUUAAAAAUUCAGAGAUACACUCAGAAGGACAAGUUGAUAUAAUAAGAUAACAUUCUAUAUUUAUAAAAGGAAUAAAGGAAGAUGUGACAUAAGAAGAUAUUAAAAAUUAUUUUUAAUUACUAUUUGUUAAUAUACCUGCUAGAGUAUUAUCUGUAGUGAUAAUUCCUAAAUAUCCCAUUAAGGAAAUAAAGAAUCAUAAAGAAAAUGAAUUAUAUUUGCAACAUAAAAAUCAAUUACUUCUAAGUUGUUUUUCUCCAAAAUUAAAAGAAAUUCCUUAAGUUGAACCUAACAGUGGUCAUGCUAUUAUAACUUUUGAUUCAGUUUAAGCAGUUAAUUAAAGUCUAUAAUUAUUUAAUAUGGAGUUUGCAGGCUGUUAAAAAGUUAAUGUUGCAGAAAAUGAAGAAGCUGAUAGAAUUAAAAUCAGUAAUACUUAUAUUUUAGCAUAUGAAGCUCCAGAUCCUUUUGAUGUAAUUUACAUAUAUUUAAAUACUACUUUAAAAAAUUUAAUGUUAAGAAGGUUUUUGUUAUAAAUCCUUCUUAUUUUAGUUUUACUAUUUUUCACAACUCCAACAAGCAUCAUAGAAUUUAUAGGAUUUGAUAAAUCAAUAAUAAAAGAAGAAGAAUAAGGGAAGAUAUCAAUAUUUAGAUAAUAUUUCUCUUUGAUUUUAGUUGUAUUGAUAAAUAGUGCUCUACUUUUAUUAAUUUAAUUGUCUUCUAGAUGGGAAAGACAUAUUAGCAAAUCAUAAUAUUAGAUUAGAAUAUUUAACCCAUGUGUUUUUUAUUUAACAAUGAAUAUGUUGGUGAUUCCAUCAAUUUCAUUUUUGGCUGUUCAUAAUGUUUAUUAAAUUGUUAUGUAAGGUGCCACAAAUAUGAUUUCAGCAAUACAAGCUGUUUAUUUUGUAAUAUUAUUUUACUAAAUAUAAGUUAAACAAUGGGAGAUUUUUUAUAGGAAUAAUAAUCUAAGCUGGUUGCGUAUCAUUAAUAACAAUGUUGAGAUUAGAUGAAAUAUUUACUAGUUACAUAAGUGUUUAAUAUACUUAAUUAAAAAGAAAGCAUUUUAAGAUUUAUCCUUAUCUCUAACCUCUUGGAGAUAUAUUUUCAUAUGGAUAUUAUUAUGGAUUGUAAAUUACUGUAUUAUUUAUUGUAAUGACAUUUUCUACAAAUAUUCCAUUUAUUCAUUUAGCAGGUGUUUUUUAUUCAAUGUGUAGAUUUUAUGUGGAUAGUUUAAAUUUAUAAACUGUUUUUGGUCAAGAAAUUAAAUCAAAUAAUAAUCUUAUUUAAACAGCAUUAAUCACUAGUUUUUAUACCAUAUAUCCAAAAUUGCUAUUAAAUUUAGUUAUGUUUGUAUUAGAAUGGAAUACUAAAUUUACUCUCUUAACAAUUGCUACUUUCAUCAUAUCAGUGAUAAUAAUAGUAUAAAUAAAAGUUAAGCUUGAUCGUUUUACUAAUUAGAAUAUACUUGCCGAUAACAAAAUAAAUCUAAUUAUGAAUUAUAAUAUUUAUUAACAUCCACUUUCAAAGUGA